ACCGCGGUGCCCCGUAUGCUCAUGCAUCUUAUGACAAAGCCCAGAUCUUCCCGCCCACAUACGGCCCUCGUCUCCUUGAGCCUCGUUAAGUCUCUCGUGCGAGAUCUCGCCUUCGCACGCCAUCCAGCCGCUGUCAGGAGAAACAAGUAGCUCCUUGGCGCAUAUCACCGCGACGACCGCACCUAUCUGACCGCGGUGACGCUACAGCCUUCAGGUACCACCGACUGAAGCCGGCAGAUACACGGGUCGCGUUGGGAUAGCAUUGACCAACUCAAGCCAUCCUUGUACCACUCUUUUCCUGGUUAACCCCUGAACUUCGAGUGAGCAUGCCUUUCGGAACGGUACAGCUGAACGACGGUAAUAAGAUGCCAGCCAUCGCGUUUGGCACAGGAUCGAAGUGGAAGGGACAGGACGUCACAGACUAUGUCUCGGAAGCCAUAGAGGCAGGUUUCUCCCAUAUCGACACAGCGCAAUUCUACCGCAACGAGGACAGCGUUGGCGCCGCCAUCCGUCAGGCGGGUCUCAGCCGCUCGGAGCUAUUCGUCACCACUAAAUGGUCUGGCCUGACGAGCAUUCGCAGUGCCAUCGAAGCCAGUCUAGACAAGCUUGACCUAAAGCAGGUCGACCUGUACCUCAUUCAUAACCCCACGUUUGUCAAGGAUCUGGAGAAAGACUGGAAGGAGUUCGAGAGGAUCAAGGAAGAUGGCUUGUCGAAGAGCAUCGGCGUCAGUAAUUUUGAUGUCGAGUUGCUACGAAGUCUCGUGCGAACCGCCGACAUCAAACCCGCAGUCAAUCAGAUCCUGCUCCAUCCCUACAACUACGCAGAGAACAAGGAACUGCUUGAGUUCUGCGCUGGGCAGGGUAUCGUGGUCGAAGCAUACAGUAGUUUGACUCCUAUUACACGACACCCGGGUGGUCCUGUUGACAAGGCGUUGCAGGACCCUGCGAAGAGACUCGGAGCGUCGCCCGUACAGAUCCUCCUCUCUUGGGUCAAGGCCAAAGGCGUUGUUAUCGUCACCACGAGCUCGACCAGAGAGCACAUGGAGAAGUACCUUGCUGUCGGCGAUUUACCUGACCUGACAGACGAAGAGAUCGCUGCCAUCGACAGAGCUGGGGCGGAGGGCCCGUCUUCGUCUCGUUGGAGCACCACUGAGAAGCUCUGUAUCUUCCUCUUCUGCUUCCAGCUAAUAUGCUUCCUGUUGCUAUUGUACACCUGCGGGUGGAUACACAUUCCUUUCCUCGAGUAGUCGUAUUUAAUUCUCUCGGUCGUUGAUGGCUAAUAAUUAUCUGACACCUGUACAGACAGUUGUGUGAUUGGUCUGCAGUCUAUACUAGAUUUGGCUGUAGUGCUCAAAGACCAGUUGCACAUGGA